AUGGAGUGGUCAAAAUGGAGUGGCCAAAAUGAAGUGGUCAAAAUGGAGUGGUCAAAAUGGAGUGGUCAAAAUGGAGUGGUCAAAAUGGAGUGGUCAAAAUGGAGUGGUCAAAAUGGAGUGGUCAAAAUGGAGUGGUCAAAAUGGAGUGGUCAAAAUGGAGUGGUCAAAAUGGAGUGGUCAAAAUGA